AUGGAGAAGUACACGUUAUUGCCCAUCGACGACUACCACAUGUGGAUUCUGGAAUUAUUUUUUAACGUUGCUUUAGGCAUACCGCUGAGUGUCCUGGGAGUUGUGGUCAACAUUUUAAACCUGCUGGUCUUGUCACAACACAACCUGAAGGAAACCACCAACAUAAUGCUGCUGUCUCUGUCUUCACUAGAUCUCUUUUAUUCUUUCACGUCGAUUUUCUUUCAUGUAGCUAGUCUGAUUGAACUUAUUGAUCCGUAUUUCGCUAAAACGUAUCUAACUUUUAUAGAGUUGGUCCUUCGAAUGCCCAACUCCAUGAGCUUUAUCAUCACAAUUUUCCUCGUCACAGCUAUAGGAAUCGAAAGAGCUAUCGCCGUGUUAUUUCCCUUUCAUGUAUCUCGUAUAUUCACACCCUACAGAGCCAAAUGGAUGCUGCUUGGUUUAUAUCUGUUCGGGUCUGUACCUAUUUGUCCGUACUACUACAGUUUAAGAUAUAGAUGGGAGUUUAUUCCAACUGUGAGUAAGACCGUUGCCGUGCUGACAGCAACAGAUUUUUAUAUCAACAAUUUUCAAGUUAUAACAGACUAUGUGAAUUAUUUUGUAAACAACACGACAACCACAGUGCCGAUCGUCUUAAUCUUUAUCAGUUCAACUCUGAUUAUUUUUCAGCUUAAUCGCAUAAAAACUAACGAACUCUCAAACAAAACAUCCAGACUGAAAAAGGAAAUAAAAGUCGUAAAGAUGUUGUUGGUUGUUUGUCUUGUCAGCUUCAUGGUGUUGGUGCCUGUGCACGUCCUACACAGUUACCUGGCGUAUUACCUAAAGGAGCUGUCCAAUAAUUUUUACCGCUUGGUUUCGCUCCUUGCCCCUGCGAUGUACCAGGUCAACGCGAGCGUCAACUUCUUCAUCUACAUCACGAUGAGCUCCAAGUUUGCCGAGACUUACAAGUCUCUCGUGUAUUGGCCGCCAUCUAAAGAUUUUCAGUGUUCUCUUUCCUGCAGGGGUAUUGGCCGCCAACUAAAGAUCUUCAGAGUUCUCUUUCCUGCAGGUGUAUUGGCCGCCAACCAAAAAUCAGAAUCCUGUGUCCUGUGCCACCUUAUCAACCUGACUCAUGGUUUCAGCCUCAAGAUUGUCUCCAUGUAG